AUGGCUGUUGCUAAUGAUGAACAAAGGAGGAUUGAAAAAGAAGCUUUAGAAGAGGACAUUGUCGAAUUUGAAGAAUAUCUUAAAACAAUGGAUAAAAAAGUUGAUAACAUUGAUGGAAAAGUUGAUAACAUACUUGAUGGAGUACAGUAUAUUCAAAAUUGCAUUAAUGACAAAGUAGUUUUACAUGGCGCAAAAAAGAUUGAUUCAAUAGAUUUAGUUUCCCCACCGCGACCAAAUCCUGAUGAUGUCCGAAGCGGAGGAAGCUCUAAUGUUGUAAUAAGAAAAAUUUUUAAAGGGCAAGAAGUUGCUUGUAAAAAAAUUUCAAAUACUGAAGAAGAAAUGAAAUCAAAUCCAGACGUGCAGAAACAUCUUAAAAUCUUAACCAUAUUAUCAGAUUGUAAUCAUAUUCUUAAAUUUUAUGGCGUUUCGAAAAUUGGUAUUGAUAGUAUGAUGAUUUUUGAAUGGGCUGGACGUGGAACUUUGAGAGAGCUUUACGAAAAAAAAGAUAUUAAUUGGCAUUGUAAGGUUCGAAUCGCUCUUAAUAUUUGUCGUGGGCUUGUAUUUUUGCAACAGGCUGAAAUUUUACAUCAUGACCUAAAAUGUGAAAAUAUCUUAAUGACACAUACUCUAGAACCUAAAAUUUAUAAGUUCGAUUCAGCACGUUAUGAUUAUGGAAAAACCACUUCAGUAGGGAAUAAGUUGGAUGACACUGUGCGUUGGUUGGCACCGGAGAAAUUAAGCAACGCUAAUACUCGAUAUACAACACAAUGUGAAAUUUUUAGUUUUAGUAUGUUACUUUGGGAACUUGUUUUCGAAAAAGUUCCGUAUAAAAACAUGGAAAAAAUAGAAAUGAUUAGGGAACAUGUGAUUAAAGGAGGUAGAGAAAUAAUUAGAUUUGGAAAAUCAACUCCCGAAAUUUCUAAGCUCCAAGAAGGUUAUAGGAGAAUUAUUUAUGACUCUUGGAAACACAAUCCACAUGAACGUCUUUCUUUUUUGAAAAUAUUGGACAUGUUAGAAGAAUUACAUAGUUCCAUUAGCUGUAUGUUUGAUGACGAUUUGCCAGAUUUACUUCCUGAUAAGAAAUUAAAUUUAGAUGGAACAAAAGAAGAUGAUCUAGAUGAUGAUUUAGAAAUACCAGAUGAUGUUGAUCCGAAUAUUUCAAUAACAUUGGAUGAAGGCGUACUAGCUUUUAGGACAGGUGAUCAUCAAAAAGCAUGGAAAUGUUUUGAAUAUCAUGCAAGUAAUGAUAAUGUAACAGCAAAAUUUUGGAAGGGUCGUUAUUUAUGGGAAGGAUUACAUGACGAUGUGAAAGAACGCGAAGAAGGUAAAGCAUUAAUUAAAGAAGCUGCUGAUAGAGGAAAUCCUGAUGCUCAAUUACGUUAUGCAUUUAUUUUAUUAAAGAAACUUAAGCAAGGUGAUAAUCAAAAAAUAUUUAUGGAUUAUAUCACUAAAUCUGCCAUAGAAGGGGAAAAUAUCGCAGCACAAUAUCAUUUGGGUGAUAUAUACUAUAAGGGAAAAUGUGAAAUUCCGGAGAACAAAUCUGAAGGAAUUAAGUGGUUAAGAAAAGCUGCUUUACGAAAUUAUAGUAAAGCCAUCAAGUUUCUAAAUGAAUUAAAAAUAGAUAUAUAUGGAUUGGAAAAUGAAUGAAUGUAUUUAAAAUGGAUCAAAUGUAUCAGUUAUGGUGUAAAAAUUCAAUAAAUAAUAUUUAUUUUCUUUUUAAUAUAAGCAAUGUAACCAGUGAAAGCUUUAACCCU